ACAAAGAUUACCUCCCCCUUCAGAGCUACAGAGAAAACUCAGUGAGCAGAGGUGUCGACCCAUAUUUCUAGAAUGCAGGAUUCCAAUCAUGACAGAGGAGAUGGCUCGGAAUGCUCUCCUUAGUUUUGUCAAUUCAAAAUGCUGCUAUGGCAACAGAGCUGCUGGAGAACUGGUCAUUCAGAGUCUGAAACAACAGGCCCUAUACAGAUAUCGACUGGAGACCUUUAAUGAAUCCAGAUUAAGUGAAUGGACCUUUGAGCCUUUUACUAAUCACUCAGUAGAUGGUCCCCAAAAAGGAAACUCUCCCAGACCUUGGGACAUUAAGGUGCAAGUUCCUCCAAUGUUUCAGGAGGAAACAAAGAAGUUACAAGUUCCUCAUUCUUCAACAGUCAAGAUGAGGUGUGCUACCUGCAGUGGAGCUAAGCGCAAGGCAAAGCAACAAAGGCGGUGCCAGAUGUGUUCAGGUUCUGGCCGUAAAAGAUGCAGUACCUGUUCAGGGAGGGGGAACAAGACCUGUGCAACAUGCAAGGGGGAGAAAAGACUUGUACACUUCAUCCAGUUGAUAAUCACUUGGAAGAACAAUCUGUUCGAGUUUGUUUCUGAGCAUCAGCUGAACUUUCCAGGGGAGCUGCUCACUAAAGCCAAGGGAGAAAAUAUAUUUAAGGAUGAAAAUGUCAUGGUGUAUCCUAUAAUAGACUUUCCUAAACCCGAGAUCUCUCUAGCAUCCCAGAGAGGCAUCGCUGAGCACAAUGCUGCAUUUGCUUCCAGAUCACGCAUUCUACAGCAGCGCCAGACCAUUGAGCUGAUUCCCCUGACAGAAGUUCACUAUCGGUAUCAAGGGAAGACUCAUCUGUAUUAUGUCUAUGGAAUGGAGAACAAGGUUUAUGCACUGGACUAUCCAGAGAGAUACUGCUGUGGCUGUACUAUCAUAUGAUGACAAGCUAAAAAUGUUCUUAAACAAGUUAAAGAAUAACAAGAGACAGGUGCACACCUCCUCUCAAGAAAGAGAAAAGAGGUUAAAGGUCAAGUAUUUCCCCCACCCUUGUUUUUUCAGGUAGCAAAUGAAAACUUCUUUGUUCGAGAUGUUUACAGCAGUUUCAACUCCCAAAUAAUUAUUUUAUGACAAUGCUGCUUGUGCCCCAUCUCACAUCCUGUAUUGAUGUUUGGAAUUGGUUAGUGUUGGGGUCAGAUACUCUGCUCCAGAAAUGGGAAGACCAUUAUUGACCCCCUGACCAGGCAGGGAACUGCUUCUCUCCCACUAACCCAACCACCAUCCUCAAUUUCUGUUGUGAGUGAGAGGAUGGGUCAGAAAUGGCCAGCCAGUAGAGGAGGCAGAGAACAUGUUAUAUAUCAGCUGUCCAGAAACCAAAAUGGAUUUGCUUCUCCCUGUGAUCUUUGGCUUUUGCACCCCACCACACAUUGUUCAGUGUCUGUUAAUCUGUUGAACUGUAAAAAAGGGGAUUUUGAGACCCUAUUCAGCUAUUCAAGAACAAGGGUGAUUUGGGAGAUGUAUUGACCUUGGGAGAAAAGGAAUCCUAGGCAGACAGGGUAGCAGGUAGUGUGGGCACUGGCCCUGGAGCAGACCUUCUUGUGGCCCAGAGUGAGAGAGGAUGGGUUGAAAAAUAAAUCGGUUGUAAUCAUUAGGGUCAGGGCACAGAGCUAGGUCAGUAGAGCGGUGCAACACUAUCAAGCCCCUCCCUUCUUCCUCUUGCCCAAUGGAGCGGGCCUGAAGAGAGACCCUGAAAAAUUCAUGAUGUAGAGCAGCAUGGGAUGAUGUUCCAGGUCAUCAAUCAAUCAAUCAAUCAUAUUUAUUGAACGCUUAC